UUCGUGAAUAGAUGUAAAUUUAGCGAUCAUAAAUGUAUUGAAAUUGGUUUUAAUAAAGUGAUUAAAUAUCUUGGAAAAUGGCCAUUACCCGAAUUGGAGAUGACUCCAUUGCAUACAGUUGAACUGCCCGAUACCCAAUUCGUUGAGGAGGAUCCGCGUAAACCAUUAUCCUAUCAGGUACAAAUCACCAAUGCUACAGUCUAUGGAUUCGAAAAUACAACAAUAACGAAAGUGAAAAGCGAUGUGAAGCAGAAGAAAGUCGAGUUAUAUGGACGUAUACCAAGUUUAGUGGGAAAAACACGUAGCAGUGUGCAUGCCAGGAUAAUUGCAGGAUAUUAUAAUGCAUCCGGUCAAGCCAUAGCGGAACUACAAAAUUUUCGAUUCAUUAUAAAGGCUUAUCUUGUUGUUACCAAUAGAAGAUUCCUGAAACUCUACAAGGUGUUUGUUAACACCAAAAUUGAUAGGGCCAUCUUUGAUGUUACCGAUGUGCAUACAUAUAACUCGGAUUUUGCCAUUGUUGUCAACCAAUGGAUGAACGAGAAUUGGCAAGAAAUUUGGACUGAAUUUGAACCAAUCAUUAAGUCGGUCAUAAGUGAAUAUUUUAUUGAAUAUGUCAAUAAUAAAUUGACCAGUCUGCAAGCACGAUAUGAUGAUUUCUUUUUGCCCGAAAAUGAAUGAA